AUGGAAGCUUUAUUAGGGCGAUACCGGCGUUGUUGUGUAUUCUUUCUGUGUUUGUGCUCGUUGUAUGUAAUUAUUAUUAUAUAUUCCAAUGAUGUUUAUAAAAAACUAAUAAACAACGGUACUACAGAGAAACCUGUAAUAAUCCAUUGGAAAAAAGUUAAAAAUAAAUUUGAUUGUGUUUACUCAAACAAAGAUGAUGCAUUACCAUCAGUAGAAGAUGCGGAACUUUCCACAAAAAAUAAUUCUAUAUUCUUUAUUGAGACAUCGUGCCGUGGUGGUAUAAAUUCAAGAGUUGCAUGUGCCGUGGAGUCUGCCGCGAGAUUACACCCAAACAGACAAGUGAAUUUUCUGUUCAUGUCACCUAUCACCGAACAGAUGCUUAAAACCAGCAAUCUAAAGAAAUUGCGUGACUUUGGAAAUAUCAAGUUAUUACGAAUACACAUUAAAAAAUAUAUCAAAGGCACUGUAGUUGAAAAUAUACUUUUGAAACCACUGAAAAGAAGUAAAUACCCGAUAGAACAUGCAUCGGAUAUCUUAAGAAUUAUCGCAUUAAACAAAUAUGGCGGCGUCUAUUUGGACACAGACUCUAUUCUGAUUAAGAACCUGGACUCAUUGCCACCUAAUUUUAUUGGAAAGGAAUUGCCUAUAUCCAUAUCUUCUGGCAUAAUUGGGUUAUCCAAAGAUGCGGUAGGCAGUAAUCUGACAAUGGGCAUUUUAAAGGAGAUCCAAAGAACGUAUAAACCGAAAAUCUGGUCCAGCAAUGGCCCGAAAGCGAUCCAAAGAGUCCUGCAGAGAUUAUGUCCGAAGACGUUAUUUAGCACGGAUGACUGUGGAGGUUUAAAAAUCUACCCACCGAAAUAUUUUUAUCCCGUACAUUACACACAACACAAAAAUUACUUUAAAAAUGGCAACAUUAGUAAUAUGUAUGACCCCUAUAUGCAUCACAUGUGGAACCAUUUCACGGGAAACUUGAAGGUUGGAAAAGCUUCGCCAUUUGCAAAACUGGCAAGGAAAUUUUGUCCUACAAUUUAUGAAAUGUACGACAAAGAUGAUGCAUUACCAUCAGUAGAAGAUGCGGAACUUUCCACAAAAAAUAAUUCUAUAUUCUUUAUUGAGACAUCGUGCCGUGGUGGUAUAAAUUCUAGAGCUGCAUGUGCCGUGGAGUCUGCCGCGAGAUUACACCCAAACAGACAAGUGAAUUUUCUAUUCAUGUCACCUAUCACCGAACAGAUGCUUAAAACCAGCAAUCUAAACAAAUUGCGCGACUUUGAAAAUAUCAAGUUACUAAGAAUACACAUUAAAGAAUAUAUCAAAGGCACUGUAGUUGAAAAUAUACUUUUGAAACCACUGAAAAGAAGUAAAUACCCGAUAGAACAUGCAUCGGAUAUCUUAAGAAUUAUCGCAUUAAACAAAUAUGGCGGCGUCUAUUUGGACACAGACUCUAUUCUGAUUAAGAACCUGGACUCAUUGCCACCUAAUUUUAUUGGAAAGGAAUUGCCUAUAUCCAUAUCUUCUGGCAUAAUUGGGUUAUCCAAAGAUGCGGUAGGCAGUAAUCUGACAAUGGGCAUUUUAAAGGAGAUCCAAAAAACGUAUAAACCGAAAAUCUGGUCCAGCAAUGGCCCGAAAGCGAUCCAAAGAGUCCUGCAGAGAUUAUGUCCGAAGACGUUAUUUAGCACGGAUGACUGUGGAGGUUUAAAAAUCUACCCACCGAAAUAUUUUUAUCCCGUACAUUACACACAACACAAAAAUUACUUUAAAAAUGGCAACAUUAGUAAUAUGUAUGACCCCUAUAUGCAUCACAUGUGGAACCAUUUCACGGGAAACUUGAAGGUUGGAAAAGCUUCGCCAUUUGCAAAACUGGCAAGGAAAUUUUGUCCUACAAUUUAUGAAAUGUACGGUGACGAGUUUGAAGAAUAUGAUUUCUUGCCAGAAGAAAACGAACUUUCGUGUCAUUAUUUGAAAGACGAAGGUGCUGUGAGAGCGCUCGAUGAACUUGUUAAAUUUCAGCCAAAUGCAAUAUACUUUAUUGAAUCGUCUUGUGAAGGUUUGACCUCUCGGCAAACGUGUUCAAUAGAAUCAGCGGCCAUAGCACACCCUGACCGUCAGAUCAUCGUCCUAUUAACCUCACCGGUAUCUUGGGAAAAGUAUAAAACUAAUGGACUGUCAGUAAUAAUGCAGAUGGCUAACACAGAAGCAGUAAGAAUUCACAUAGAAGAUUUCGGAAAAGGAACACCUUUCUAUAGUAUUCUGAAAAAGAAACCUUUAACUGUCGAUGAUAUAAAUACGAAUAUAGGCGAUAUUUUGAAAUAUGUUACUAUGUACAAAUACAGUGGGAUAUACUUGGGUCUCGAUGUACUUGUAGCUAGUUCGUUUGAUGAUCUCAAUGAUAACUGGAUUGUUAAGGACGGUCCUGCAUCAAUAUCUGCAGAUAUGUUCUCCUUUUCUGAUAACAAAAACGGAAGAUUAUUAGCUGAAAUGGUUUUAAAUAUAGUUCUUGGCGAUGUUUCCUUACCUCAGAGACAAGGCUUAUGGACCUUUGACAAUUGUAAACCAAUGAAUAAGCUAGCCAAUUUAUGGUGUACGUCAUCUGGAAUACUACACUUAAACACGUCAGUGUGUAGAGAUCUUCAAGUAAUGGAACCAGAUGGAUUCCUUCCUAUACCUGUCCACGAGAGACUAAAAUAUUUUGACGACGGCGAAUGGACACCAUCGACUAAUGAAACGAUACAUACAUAUCAAACAUUUGAUUAUUUAACUAAGUACAAUAUAGUGCCCAACAACUCACUGUACGACAUGUUAGCUCAGACAUACUGUCCCGCGGUUUAUGAGUUUUACGCGAUCGAUGAACGUUUCAAUCCACCUGAUAACUCAAUUUAUUUCCAUGAAACUUCAUGCACAGGAAAAUUAAACAGUAGACAAGCAUGUGCUGUGGAAUCUGCUGCUAGAGUUCACCCAGAUAGGCAGGUGAAUCUGUUAUUUACGGGGCCAGUAAAGGAAGAGAAUCUUAACGCGCCGGCCUUUAACGCCUUAAAGAAAUAUGAGAAUGUAAAAGUUUUGAGGUUACAUUUGGUGGAUUAUGCUAAAUGGACACCUUUAGAAGAUUUAGUAAGUGGUGGUGCGUUGAACAGAACGCGUUGGAGAAUUUCUCACACAUCUGAUGUUUUAAGGUUUCUGUCGUUGUAUAAGUGGGGAGGGAUUUAUUUGGAUUUAGAUGUGGUCGUAGUGAGAUCGUUCGACGAUUUAGCACCAAACUGGGCUGCGCGGGAUAGUGAUAAGUUAGUUGCUUCGGGAGCACUCUCCUUCUCGAAAGACGCUUUAGGGAGGGAGAUUGCAGAUCUAGCAUUAAGAGACUUAAAAGAUAACUACAGAGGCGACGUAUGGGACCGCAACGGGCCUGGAGUCAUCACAAAAAUAUUGCAAACAAUAUGCUCUACAAAUUACCUACCUGAAAUGUCGGCUUCCACUUGUCUAGGUUUCGAAGUUUACGCGCCAGAGUUGUUCUACCCAGUUACUUGGUUGAAUGCUGCCGAUUACUUUGAGGAGAAAGAGCUUGACGUCGAGGCACCAUACACCUACCACGUAUGGAACAAAUUUACCGCCGCCUACAAAGUGAAUAGUAAUUCGGUAUAUGCUAAACUAGCACAGAAAUAUUAUCCAGAAGUUUAUGAAAUGUUUGGGGAUAACUUUGGGCUGUGA